GAACCUAUAGGCCACCUAUAGACUUUAUUCGUCAGGGUAAGAUUUAAAAAAGCAGUAUACAUGUACAUAUUGUGGCUAUACUGCCUUAAGUGGUAGACAUAUUGAGGUUUGCAAUGUCAUUCAUUCAUUACAUUUAGGUUAUGUUGAAGAAUUAUAUCAGACCAUGCUAAGUGCAGAAAGUGAUGAAAUAAAAAAGGCAUAUAAAGAAUUAGUAAAUAUGACACCAGCUCCAAUGAAUACAAUGCUGGAAAAGCAGCCAAGAAAUGAGGCUAUAAAGAUGAUUGAACACAAGGGAAUGGUUGUUGCCAACAUUCCACCUACUGCAGGUACUGUACAAAUAAAUGUAUACUGUACAAUACAUUGUGUAAAAUAUACAUAAUGGUGUGACUGUAGGAAGUAAUAUUGAAUCUUAAUAUGUUUCAACAAAACUUUACUGUACAUUCACAAAAACCAUUUAUUUUCUUUAGCACCUUCUACUGUACAAGUCCAACCACCACCUCCACAAGAACAAGCAAAACCAUGUUGCAGAACAUGUGGCCAACCUAUGAAAGGCCAUAAAAAUGUUCUGAACUGUCCAAGGAACCAAAAAUAACAUUUCAAUAAUUCUAAUGUAUAAAUAUACAGUAGAUGUAAAUAUUUUAUUGAAAAUUAAUCAUGAUACAAAUUUAUAGAUAUCUCUGUGAAAGCAAUUCUACUUCAUGAUUGGUUAUUUUCGCUAAGGAGUCACGUGAGAUAUGCGCGCGAAGCAAGCUAGAUCACUUGCAAGCGAAACGUUGCGAAGAACACACGUAGAAAAAUGGCGGAAAAAGACGAGAUAGAAAACGAACUGCUCAAGGAGGACGAUUUAUCAACUAGCGAAGAUGAUCCGACCAUAAAAAACGUCCUUCGAUCGAUAGAUGCUCAUAUGGCUACUUUGGCGAACAAUAUGUCAAAUAUGAGUCAAGAAAUCCGCAAAAUAAAACAAACUCCAACCGCUACUGCCAAACGAGAUUCUCGGGCGGUGGAGUCAGCAGAGUCUUUGACUCUGAGCAGCAAGAAAAGGAGGUCGAAUGAUCAAGAAGGGAGUGAUGUUGAUGCCCUGAUUGACGACCAUCCUUCAGAGCAAGAGACCGAAUCAGCUGAAACUAAAGAUGGCGACGAGGAAGAUGCAUUCCUCACAACGUUAGCUAUGGAGUAUUCGGCUGACGAUAAAACAAGUAGUCCGGUCUCGACUCAGCUGGCUGAUAUCGUCAAUAAGAGAUGGUCGUCAAAAUUAUCGGACGACAAAUUCAAAGAGAAAAUAGCGAAAUAUGACCGACCAGAGAACUGCGAACGAUUGUUUGCUCCCAAGGUAAAUCCCGAAAUUUGGUCCCGAAUAUCAAACAUGGGCCAACGACAGGACCUUAAACUUGUCGCUAUCCAAAAAACCUUGGUGGCAGUUGGCACAGCUCUCACACAGUCUGCUCAACUGCUUAUGAAUGCCCGCCAAACUGGCGGCAUUCGGCGCCAUGAAGGCGGCGAAAACAACACCAUGAACGAAGUUCUCACACUUCAAGUGGAUGCCCUUGCUCUCCUGGGGCAUACAAAUUAUGACCUUUCACUCCGUCGUCGCGAAACGAUGAAACCCAGCUUGAAUAAAGAGUAUGCUUCAUUGUGCUCUUCCCAAACAUCGGUAACCUCGAUGUUGUUUGGCGAUGAAUUACAAAGCCAACUAAAUGCAAUUCGAGCGUCGAAUCGAAUUAGCCAAACGGCCACCCAGUCCACGACUGGACAUUUUGGCAGUCACAACAAAUCGACUUUUCAACGGCAUCCAAGAAAUGAUCGUGAAAAGUCUUUUUUAUCCAAAGGCCCCAACCCGCGUUGGUCGAACAACAGAUUCCCCAGUCAUCAGAAAAAGCGGGAAGGGGGCAACAAGUUCAACAAGAAGUGACUGCCAUCGACAAGGAUAUAAUUUAUACACAUCUAUCUAAAGUUAAGGUAAACGAAUUUUUAACGUUUUUACCGGUGUUGAAGGAGCAUUUUAACAUGCAAAUAAGCCACUUUCGUGGUGGUCGUCUUGCUCAUUUUUAUCAUGAGUGGGAAAAAAUUACUUCCGAUCGAGAGAUUUUAGAUAUAGUGAGCGGCCAACGUAUAGAAUUCGACACCAUGCCGCUUCAAAACUAUCCAAGGUCACUAUCCAAGUGUACGGAAGCCGAACAGGCUGUCAUACGGGCUGAAAUUGUGAAACUACUUCACAAAGCUGUAAUUGUUCAUGUACAACAUGAACCUGGAGAAUUCAUAUCUCCAAUUUUUGUACGCCCCAAAAAGGACGGCACAAGUCGAAUGAUUUUAAAUCUGAAAGAUCUUAACCAGCAUGUAGAAUACCACCAUUUUAAAAUGGAAACACUCAUUGAUGCUAUCAGGCUUAUGACCCCUAAUUGUUUUAUGGCGUCAGUGGAUCUUAAGGACGCGUAUUAUUCGGUCCCUAUUGCCAAGCCACACCAAAAAUAUCUAAAAUUUGCAUGGGAAGGUUCACUAUAUGCAUUUACAUGCUUCCCAAACGGGCUUGCUAGUUGCCCACGGAAAUUCACAAAACUUCUUAAACCAGUGUAUGCAGUUUUGAGAAAACUGGGACACAUUUCGUCCCCAUACAUUGAUGAUUCAUAUCUACAAGGGGAUGACUAUGUCAGCUGUCUAGAAAAUGUUAUAGACACUGUCCGACUGCUAUUUACACUAGGGUUUGUUAUUCACCCUGACAAAUCUGUGCUUAUCCCAACACAGAGACUAAUAUUUUUAGGAUUUAUACUUGAUUCAGUUCUAAUGAGAGUCUAUAUGACACCUGAGAAAGUAACUAAGGUCAUUGAGAUGUGCUCUAAACUAUUAAAGAACACUUCGCCGACCAUCAGAGAGGUCUCCCAAGUCGUGGGAUAUAUAAUUUCGACUUUCCCAGGAGUCAUGCUAGGGCCACUCUUUUUUCGACACCUCGAAGGUGUGAAAUCGCAAGCCCUUAAGGUCAACAAAGGCAAUUUUGACUCUCUAAUGACAUUAAAUGAUGAGGCUAGAGAGGAGUUGACCUGGUGGGUCAACUCUGCCCCAGACAGCUACAAUGUUGUUAGCCAUGGGCUACCAGCUAUUGUAUUAACCACAGAUGCCUCUUCUACAGGUUGGGGUUGUACCCUGGGUGAAACUAGGACAGGGGGAAACUGGACCAAAGAUGAGGCACAACAUCAUAUAAACUACCUAGAGUUGUUAGCUGUCUUCUUGGCACUGAAAACCUUUGCAAACUCUUUAGCAGGAAAACAUGUAAAAGUUAUGAUUGAUAAUAUGACUGCGCUAUCUGAUAUUAAUCACAUGGGUACCAGUAAGUCAGAUUUACGUAAUGCACUUAGCAAAUCUAUGUGGCUCUGGUGUCGUGCAAGACAUAUUUGGCUUACAGCUGUCCACAUUCCUGGGGUAGAAAAUGUUGAAGCUGACCAUCAGUCUAGAAUCACCAACACUAGUGCUGAGUGGUCGCUCAAUAAACAGAUAUUUUAUGAUGCAAUAUCUAGAUUAGGGGUAACACCCGAUAUAGAUCUGUUUGCUUCAAGAAUAAACUACCAAAUAGAACCAUAUGUGUCUUUCCAUCCUGAUCCAGGAGCUAUAGCUGUAAAUGCUUUCCAUAUGUCAUGGAAGAGCUAUCAACCUUAUAUAUUUCCACCGUUCUGUCUCAUUUCUAGAAUUUUACAGAAAGUCCAGGAGGAACAGUGCACUGUUGUUGUGGUAAUCCCAAGAUGGCCAACUCAGACAUGGUGGCCAAAACUAAUGAGUCAACUAAUAGCUCAACCAAUACUAUUACCAAAAACAAAGACGACACUGAUCCUCCCGAGCAAUCCGGAAGCAAUACAUCCACUGUAUCCGCAUCUAGAGCUAAUAAUCUGCCACUUGUCUGGAAAUCCCUUGAAGAACAAGGCAUUUCAGCAGGUGCUUCCAACAUUAUCGUCCAAUCUUGGAGACAAGGGACUGCCAAACAGUAUAGAUCUUACCUCCAGAAAUGGGAACUUUACUGUAACAAGAGGAAAAUUGAUCCAAUUCAUCCCACUAUAUCAGAUGGAAUAAAUUUUUUAUCAUCCCUGUAUGAAUCCGGCGUCGGUUACAGCGCAAUUAAUACUGCACGAAGUGCAUUAUCCUCUAUCCUUCUGCUACCAGGAAAUGUCAGUUUUGGUUCUCACCCACUUGCAACACGACUCCUUAAAGGUGUAUUUGAACUGAGACCAUCACUUCCUAAAUAUCAAGAUACGUGGGAUAUCUCUGUCGUGCUUAAAGUUCUUGAAGAAUGGAAACUUGAAGACAGUUCACUUAAGGUUUUGUCACUCAAACUGUCUAUGCUGUUCGCAAUUACAACAAGUCAGCGGCAUCAGACCCUCAAGGCAUUAUGCAUCAAUAAGAUGAACUUAAAAUCAGACCAGUGUAGUUUUGAAAUUGAUGUGUUGCUGAAAACCUCUCAGCCGGGAAAACAUCUGAACAAAGUGGUGAUAGCAGCUUAUCCGGGUAACAAAAAUUUGUGCCCGGUGCAACACUUGAAGUCCUAUUUGGAAAAAACAUCAACAUUGAGAGGUAAACAUACCCAAUUGUUUGUGAGCUUCAGGAAACCGCACAAUCCUGUUUCAACUGACACUCUUGCGAGGUGGAUUAAAACUGUUAUGCACAAAGCUGGAAUAAACACAGAGAUAUAUGGUGCUCAUAGCACCAGGGCGACUUCCACUUCAGCAGCACAUAGGAAGCAUAUUGAAAUCAAAAAAAUUCUUGCUGCCGCAGGGUGGACUAAUCAGACCACGUUUAGUAAGUUCUACAACAAAACUAUUGUAGAUAUGACAAAGAACUAUGGCGAAGACCUAUUGUCUGCCAUCAUGAGUCAAAACUCUUGAACUAACUCCGUACUGUUUAUUUGUACUGUUUACUGAUUUAAUAUUUUCACUAUAUAUCAUUCACAUUGAUUGAGCUUCACUGUUGUGAUUUUGCUCUACGGGUCAUGACGCUUUGAAGUCUCACGUGACUCCUUAGCGAAAAUAACCAAUCAUGAAGUAGAAUUGAAAGUUAAACGAGACUUACCUGUAAGUUGAAGUUUGACGUAGAUUCUACGAAAUAUUGGUUAUUGAGCUAAGGAGUCAACCUUCCCUCCCAGUGUUGGGAUAUGACCUACACAUUGUAUUGCACAAUCUCCCUCCCAGGUUGUGAUGUCAUGACCCUUCUGCUUUAAAGUGUGAUCUAGCUUGCUUCGCGCGCAUAUCUCACGUGACUCCUUAGCUCAAUAACCAAUAUUUUGUAGAAUCUACGUCAAACUUCAACUUACAGGUAAGUCUCGUUUAACUUUCAAUUAUUUUGUAUUGCUAUUGACAACUUGAAAGUCUUGAAUACCAAAAUCUCUCUAUUUAUAAGCCCCUUCUCUUAUAUAGAUUAUAAUUUUUUAAUAGCACUACCUCAAAUCGUCCUGAAACGAAUAAGCCCCAACAAUGGGAGGCUUAACAGGAAAAUUACAGUAACUCUAGCCCAUGAGACUAGGACAAACUAUAUUUAUAUAACAAGCUGAUAAUAUACAGUAUGUAAAACAAUCUAUAAACCAAUUACAGUAUAUUAUGAUGAUUCAUCAUCAUCAUAACCCUGAAAGUCCUUUCCCCCAAAUUUGCUUCGUAUCACAUAAUAGGCACAUGCAGGUAAUGGUAUUCUUCUUUUCCCCAGGUAGCCCAUAA